AAACGUCGAUCUCUCUCUCUAAAGAAAAAAAGACUGAGCUGAAGGAGACACCUGCCCGACUGCCGCCGUUCGUCCAGCCGGCCGCCGCCCGUCCGCCCGACAAGCCGGCUCGGCGCUCGUCCGGCGGCCGCACCCUCCCACUCAUCCAGUAGCCGCGGCGCUGCCUUUAUUCCAGGAGGGGCGCCCCUGCCGAGCGGUGAAACCCCACCCUGCCCAAAUCCGUCGCCAAGCCACUGGCGUCCCCGAUGGAGACAUUUCCGCCGCCUCCGAUUCCUCCGCUGCCCGCGAAUGUCUCCUCCGCUCCGCCGCCGCCGCCGCCGCUUCUGCAUCAGCAGGCCGGGUCUGCUCCUGCGCCGGCAACGCUCCUGGUGCGGCACCUCCCAGAGGCGAUCACUCAGGACAUGCUCGCCGGGCUCUUCUCCCGCUACGGCGCCACAUCCUUUCGCCCAUGCGGUGGAAAGUUGAGGAACUGUGCGUUUGUGGAUUUUAGGGACGAGAUGGCGGCCAAUCAGGCGCAGUCUCAGUUGAACAGGUUGAGGCUCCUUGGGAAAGUACUGAUACUCGAGAGAGCAAACCAGCCAAAUGCCAAGAAUGCGAGUGAGAAGCAUCAUGAGCAAUUAGCUCGUGGGGUGCCUCAAGUGCCAAGUAUGAAUUCCCAAAAUCAAAAGAGUUCUACAUCAACUGCCGAACCGAUCGCUUCUAGGCUUGGUGUGGACUAUCCAUUUCCUCCUCAUCUCGAGUAUGCAUAUCCACCACCAGAUGGAAACAUAUUGAACAAUAUUGUCAACUCUCUCAUUGCCGUUCCCCGAUUUUACAAUCAGGUGUUGCAUUUGAUGAACAAGAUGAACCUUCCAGCUCCAUUUCGGAUGGCAUUGCCUACUCCACCUCUACCAUCACAAGGGCCUCUUCCUCCUCCCCCUCCACCACCGCAGCCUUCUAUGACAGAGAAACUUCACUUGGCUGAUUUGUCUAGUGAUGAGUCUGAGAUGGAGUCUUCUGAUGAAGAUGUUGAUACAAGGGAAGUCAAGCGCGCAAAGCAUGAAGCUAUUGUUGGUCCUGCAGUUGAUAGAAGUGUCGCUCAUGAAUCGGUCGGGGUGAAACCAGUUGCAUUAGUUCCCAAUGAGCUUCAAGUAAUAAAAAAGAAAAACCCAGUACUGCAGAUAAAAAUUGUCCCUAAGGCUGCUUAUAAGGAACUUGCUGAUCGGAGUAUUAUCGACAAGGAAUUGGCCUCUAGAGAUGAACAACUUGAAGAAAAACAUUGUGCCACACCUCAGGAAAUAGAGAAAGAGAAAUUACCGACGGAGGAGAUUUUGUCCCUUCCCAUGUUCAAGAAUUACACUCCAGGGAAUCCUGCCAGUGUAUUAUAUAUUAAGAACUUGGCAAAGGAUGUUGUUCAUGAUGACUUCUACUAUGUCUUUGGAUCUGUGUUUGAAAGCUUGGACGCUGCAAGAUCUGGCUUAAGUAUAAAGUUAAUGCAGGAAGGUCGAAUGCGGGGCCAAGCUUUUGUGACGUUUCCAUCUGUUGAACAUGCUCAACGCGCACUGAUCAAUAACACUGUGGGACGAUUUGGAGGAGAGGGGGAAAUGAGGAUGAGAACAAUUUGGAGCGCCCUUUAUGGCCAUAGAGGGUCGGAUGACAACUCUGUUAGAGUGACCUUUUUGACAAAUAUCAAGGGUUGGAGUAGAGCCCACAUAUUCAGGUCUGUACUUAUCCUCAUUUCCCCCUCUCCUCCAAAUCUUCCUUGGCAAGACUCCUCCAACUGUCCAACACACGCGCAAUCCUCAAACCCUAGCUCCUCCGAUCCAAACACCUCCUGGUCCCUCGGUCCAUCCACCAUGGCAUCGCCUGCCGGUGAUGACAGCCACCUCUUCGCCGGUGUCCACUUCCUCCUCAUCGGUUUCGACUGCGUCUCCGUGUCGCAGUACCGGUCGAAGUUGGUGCAGAGCGGCGGCACCGACGCCAUGCAAUUUGGCGGCGGGUGGACCCACAUCGUCGUGCGCGGCCUUGUCUACGAUGACCCGGUCUGCGCGGUGGCGCGGGCGCAAGGGAAUAAGGUUGUCAGCAAGAUGUGGGUGGAUGAUAGGUUGGAUCAGGGUGUGCUUGCCGAUGCUGAUAAGGUUAUUUAUUGGCCAGCCAGAGAUUUGAAGGGAAUACCUGGUAGUGGCUCACUGCAGAUUUGCUUGACGGGGUACCAAAUGAAGGACCGCAAAGAUAUAAUGGUAACUGCUUGCCAUUUUGGGCACCGUAGGUUUUUGUCCCUUUUGAAUUUGGAGCGGGGUGUCGUUCCCCUUUCUCAUUUGGAUAAGGCAGAGGGAGUGAGAGCUCGAGCGGCGGCGGAGGGCGAGGCGAUUCCCCGUGUUCAUGGCGAUUUGGAGUUCAUCCGCCCUAGGAUUUUGACGGCAUCCUCUUCGUUCUCGUCGCCCGCGGCUGCGCUGGUAGUAUCUCAAUGGGUAGACUGUGGAAAGUCUCGCAAGGAUGUUCCCCUAGUUUCUUCAGUCGAGAGUGCUGAUUCUUUGAGAGACCCUUAUGUGCCUAAUGAUUUUGCUGAUGAUGGUUCUAAUGCUAUGUCUUUGGGAGGUUGUUCUGGUGAUGAUGAAGAGUUUGAUAAAACACUUUACAAUUUCUAUUUGAAUAAUAAAGUAAAGUACCUGAAGAGAAAAUUAUCAUCUGCUGGCAGAAGGAAUGUUUGUAAUUCAAACGGGAAGUGGAAAUUUACCCAUAUCUAUACUGUAAUUCGAAUGCCCUUUUUUACAGUGUAAAUUUACCCAUAGUUACACAGUAAUUUGACUGAUAAUUACCGUGUAAUUUUGUAUGGUAGUUACACUGUAAUCCUGCACCUUUUUACAGUGUAAAUGUACCCAUACCUGCAUUGUAAUCUGAUGCCUUUUUUUACUCAGUAAUUUGACUGAUAGUUACUGUGUAAUUUGUAUGGUAGUUACACUAUAACCUUACACCUGUUUUUACAAUGUAAUUUUACCCAUAUUUACACUGUAAUUCAAAUGCCAUUUUUUACACAGUAAGUUGAUGAUAAUUACUGUGUAUUUAGUAUGGUAGUUACAAUGUUAGUACACAGUAGUUACAAUGUAAUUACACAGUUGUUAUAAUGUAAUUCCCCAUAUGUAAUGUUACCCAUGUCUGUAUUGUGUAAUUUGACUAAUAAUUUUAUGUGUAAUUUGUAUGGUA